GGUCGCAAGUAAACAUUUUUUGCUAGCGUUCCUUUCCAAGCCAGCUUCUAAGUGACGAAGCUAACAGUAGCAAGGCAAAGCAUUUUCAUUAUCUAGAAUUUUAAUUACGUUCAACCUACUUUACUUGGUUUAUAACAGCAAGAUACUAGCUACUGCGGAUCGCACUUGCUUAGUACUAUGGUAAGGUCUGAAGACAUCCGUCCUCCAUCAUUUGAAGAAAUUGAAGAACCACUUGCGACUUUCCCGAUUCCACUGUGAAUCAACUAACUUUCUUUUAUCUUCAAUUUUAUUGAAUAAUUUACUAUCUUUAUAGAGAAUCUAAUAGCAUUUACAUACACGCUGGUGUCUUUUCAGGAACAAAAGGUUAUCUCAAAAUCCUUCCCAACCUGCUACUCACAACAGUCUAGUAUCCUAUUUUAAGAAUUGGGUUAAAAGAACAUCAGUGGAAAUGUCUUCAUUAGCUCUAAAAAUUGGAAGUUUACUAGUUCGGACGCUGUCAAAACCUAUAGCAAAUACAAUAAAAGCGCAAGCAAAAGAACAUAAGACAUUCCGAAAGGUUUGUAUCGACUUUGCACAAAUGAUGCAUCGAGCUGAAUUUCGAAUUAUGGGAGCCAAUCGUGCCCGCAGUGGUCAAAUGAAUGUUCGUGUUCGUCCACUAAAUGAUGCGAAAGCGGUGGACGCCGGAGCAAAUUUUCUUUCUGAAACAUUCGUAUUUACGGUUGCUGGCGGAGCUAUUCUCUUUGAAACUUGGAGAGCAAGACGAAAAGAAAAGAAUCGGCGCGACAAUGUAGCUGAGGCAAUUUUUGGACUUCAGCAAGAAAUCAUUCGCAUACAUGGUAUAUUGGAAAAACAAGUAUUAGAAAAAAAGUCCAAGAGCGCCAAAGAGGAGGGGAACAAUGAUCAUACGGAGGAGGAUUUUAAAGAACUUCACAAAAUAAUGCAUGCAGUGGAACAGGAGCUGCAUGGCUUGACUUCCACAGAGACAGAGGAUUCUAAAAAAACGAAGAAUGAUAUUUCAGAUCAGGGCUCUGAUAGCCUCACAUCCGCGCCCAGCGUAUCUAAAAAUCCACCUGUUCCAGAAUCCAAUCAUCCAUCAACGAAUCCAUCCUCUAUCGCUCACCCUCAACCUUCCAAAAACCCGUCAAGUUCAUGAUAAAGCAGUUUCUUAUUGAUUUCUGACAUUUCACGGUUUUAUACCCCUGAUAUCUUAUUUACUGCAUACCAAUUCUUCUUCUCGUUUAUAUUAUUGUUUGAUAUUCGCUAUUUCUAUUCCCAUCUCUCGAGUUUUAGCUAACGCAAAUUUUGAUUUUAAUUGUAUAUAAUUUCUGUACUUUUCCUCAUGCUGUAUCGUUGGAAAGU